AUGUCUAGCACAGAACCGAUGGUUGGAUUUGGCCUCAUUGAUGCUAACCUCGGCCGAUUUAAUUUUCUCCAAAGCCUCGGAGAAAGUUUGUUUAACCUCUACAACCUAUUGGAGAGCCCAUAUAGCCAGUAUUUUGUGUACGUGAAGUCCCUUAAUUUGGCAGCGAAUGGAAAAGUCACUGAACAUGUUGUACCAUCAUUUAAAAAGAUUGAUAGCCUUUUGAGGGAGUGGAAUCUUGGAGUUAAGGAACAGAGAGAGCUGUUUCUUACGGAUAACAUUGGAAAUGUAAUAAGAACCAUUCAGGCUAACAAGUUUACUGAAGAUGCUACACAAGCAGUGCAAGGAUUGACGCUUCACUGA